CUGCCGCCACCGCCGCGCUGAGGGCGCCAGUUGGGAGGCAGUCACGGCCGGUGGCGGCUGAAGGGAAGGAGGCGCGAAUUGACGCUUGGUUGGCGGUGAGGCGGUGCUCGCUGCUAGCCGCUGCUGUGGGACAGAGCUUGGUUGGUGCGAAUUGACGCUUGGUUGGCGGUGAGGCGGUGCUCGCUGCUAGCCGCUGCUGUGGGACAGAGCAGCGCGCGAAGCAGCGCCCAUGGUGCGGCCUCAUGUCUAAAACGCUGCGGAGGAAGCGGCACUGGCUGAGCAAAGUGCAGGAGUGUGCCGUGUCCUGGGGGGGCGGCUCCGGCCCGGACCCCGACCUCCUGCGGGGUGGCGCUGAGCGCGGCGAGUUCCCUUAUCUGGGGGCUCGCCUGCCGACGCUGGCCGAGUCCGGCGGCGGGACCGGCGGCCCCGUGCUGCUCUCGGGGAAGUCCCCCAGCCCCGGGGACGUGCUGCUGGAGGUGAACGGCACCCCUGUGAGCGGCCUCACUCACCGCGACACCCUGGCCGUCCUCCGCCACUUCAGGGAGCCGGUGCGUCUCAAGACCGUGCGGCCAGGCAAAGUCAUCAACAAAGAUCUGCGUCAUUACCUAAGCUUGCAGUUCCAAAAAGGCUCCAUUGAUCAUAAGCUCCAACAGGUGAUCAGAGACAAUCUCUACUUGAGAACCAUCCCAUGCACUACAAGAGCUCCCAGAGAUGGGGAGGUCCCUGGGGUAGACUAUAAUUUUAUUCCUGUUGAACAAUUUAAGGCACUAGAAGAAAGUGGAGCCUUGCUAGAAAGUGGAACAUAUGAUGGUAAUUUCUAUGGUACCCCAAAACCUCCAGCUGAGCCCAGUCCAUUUCAACCAGAUCCAGUGGACCAAGUGCUUUUUGAUAAUGAUUUUGAUCCAGAAUCUCAAAGAAAAAGAACCACAUCAGUCAGUAAGAUGCAGAAAAUGGACAGUUCCCUUCCUGAGGAAGAAGAGGAAGAAGAAAAGGAAGCCAUUAAUGGGACUGGUGGCACAGAAAAUAAAGAGAAACAUUCAGAUUCUUCUGACUGGAUGAAGCCUGUUCCUAGUUACAAUCAAACAAGCAGUUCUAUGGAUUUCAGAAACUGUUUAUCAAGGGAAGAAAGCCUAGAACCUCUCCCCAAGAACUGGGAGAUGGCGUAUACAGACACAGGCAUGAUCUACUUCAUUGAUCACAACACCAAAACUACUACCUGGCUGGAUCCUCGCCUUUGUAAAAAAGCCAAAGCUCCUGAAGAUUGUGAAGAUGGAGAACUUCCUUAUGGGUGGGAGAAAAUAGAAGACCCUCAGUAUGGGACAUACUAUGUUGAUCAUAUUAACCAGAAAACCCAGUUUGAAAAUCCAGUUCUGGAAGCCAAACGAAAAAAACAGCUAGGACAGACUGAUGGAGGUCCAGCAAAUACAGAACCAGUGAAAUCUCUGUUCACCCGAGACCCAUCCCAGUUAAUAGGAGUGCUCAUACGAACGUCGCUGAAGAAAAGCACUAUGGGAUUUGGCUUCACAAUAAUUGGUGGAGAUAGACCAGAUGAGUUCCUACAGGUGAAGAAUGUGCUGAAAGAUGGACCUGCCGCGCAGGAUGGCAAAAUUGCACCAGGCGACGUCAUUGUAGACAUAAAUGGUACAUGUGUCCUUGGUCAUACCCAUGCUGAUGUUGUCCAGAUGUUUCUAUUGGUUCCUGUCAACCAGUAUGUGAAUAUGACUUUGUGUCGUGGAUACCCUCUUCCAGAUGAAAAUGAGGAGCCUGUUGUAGAUAUUGUUACAGCCACGCCCGUCUUAAAUGGCCAGGCAAUAGCAAAAGGAGACACUUGUAUGAUCAAUCAAGAGUUAAUACCUGGAACGGUGGUUUUGGACCAGAAUGGAAAGCCAGGACAUAUUUUGGUCAAUGGACGCCUGAAUGGCCCUUCCACAGAACACAGUGAAAAGAGGGCCUCAGUGUCUUCUUCAGGUUGCUCUCAAGCAGAACUGGUCACAAUUCCUCUGAUUAAGGGACCUAAAGGGUUUGGAUUUGCAAUAGCUGACAGCCCCGCAGGGCAGAAGGUGAAGAUGAUUUUAGACAGUCAGUGGUGCCACGGCCUUCAGAAAGGGGAUAUAAUUAAAGAAAUUUAUCAUCAGAAUGUACAGAACUUGACGCAUCUCCAGGUGGUAGAGGUGCUGAAGCAAUUUCCAGUUGGAGCAGAAGUGCCACUGCUUAUCUUAAGGGGAGGUCCUUCCUCACCUGCUAAAACUUCCAGUGUUAUGAGUAUUGAUAAUAAAGCAGAUAAGCAGGAAAAUUCAGGAAGCCAAGAGACCAUCAAUGAGUCAGUCCCACAGCCUAUGCCUUUCCCACCCACUGCUGUGAGGCCAGCUUCUCCAAAACUAGACCCUUCAGAAGUCUAUCUGAAGUCUAAAACAUUGUUUGAAGAUAAACCUCCAAACACAAAGGAUUUGGAUGUUUUCCUACGAAAGCAAGAAUCUGGUUUUGGCUUUCGGGUUCUUGGAGGAGAUGGUCCAGAUCAGUCUGUAAGUAAAAUCUACAUUGGAGCCAUCAUUCCACUGGGGGCAGCAGAGAAGGAUGGCAGGCUCCGUGCUGCUGAUGAGCUUGUAUGCAUUGAUGGUAUUCCAGUCAAAGGGAAAUCACACAAGAAUGUUCUGGAUUUAAUGACCAGUGCUGCACGAAAUGGCCAGGUGCUGCUGACUGUCCGCAGAAAGAUCUUCUUUGGUGUGGAUAAACCACCAGAAGAAGAGAUGUCAUCCCAAGUUCCUAUCUCCUCCCAGAAUGGCUCUCCCAGGCCAAACAGAGUAGAACUACUCAGCAAGCAAUUCCCAGAGGCCUAUGAUAUUUUGCUACAACGGAAGGAGAAUGAAGGAUUUGGCUUUGUAAUCCUUACCUCGAAGAACAAGCCACCACCUGGUGUGAUUCCCCAUAAGAUUGGCCGUGUCAUUGAAGGGAGUCCUGCUGAUCAUUGUGGGAAACUGAAAGUUGGAGAUCGAAUUUCAGCCGUGAAUGGCCAGUCAAUCAUAGACCUCUCACAUGAAAACAUUGUGCAGCUCAUCAAAGAAGCAGGGAACACUGUCACACUCACUGUUGUUGCUGAGGAAGAGCAUCGUGGUCCCCCAUCAGGAACAAACUCUGCCAAGCAAAGUCCAGCCCUACAGCACAGACCUAUGGGAACAGUACCAACCAGCUCUAUACCCACUGACAGAGGUGUUACAGAAGCUGAUGCUGGAAAAGAACAAAGCAACAGUUACAAGCACUUCUCACCAUCAGAAGGUGUUGCAGCUGUCAUAGGAAACAAAUAUUCUCAGAGCCCUGGAUGUUAUCCGGUAGAACUGGAGAGAGGUCCUCGUGGCUUUGGAUUCAGCCUUCGUGGAGGGAAGGAGUAUAACAUGGGGUUGUUCAUUCUUCGACUUGCUGAGGAUGGGCCAGCCAUCAAAGACGGAAGAAUUCAUGUUGGUGACCAAAUCGUUGAAAUCAAUGGGGAACCAACCCAAGGAAUCACCCAUACGCGAGCCAUUGAGUUGAUUCAGUCUGGAGGAAAUAAAGUUCUUCUUCUUCUGCGACCAGGAACUGGCUUAAUACCAGAUCAUAGUGAUCUGGAUAGUUUUAAUCCGACAUCCUCAAGUGUAACACAUACUGAACAGACGUCACUUCCCUCAUCCUCACAUUCUGCUUCCACAUCUGAAGCAUCUCAUUUGCAAGGAUCAGAAGAAGCUUUAAUGAAAGUUCAGAUGUCUGAGAAACUGGAAAAACUGAAGAACACUGUGCCUGAAAAGAAAAGCACUUUAAUGGAAAACCACUUGGAGAUUACGAAUGCAACUUCUGCACAAAGGAAUGUGAACAAACAGGACCACCCUUCCAGUCCAGGUAAAAAGGUGGUGCAUAGUAAUGCACAGUUAGUGGUGGGCAAUGCAAUCAGCAGAGGCAGAUCAGCUAGUCCAAAAAAGCUGAACAGUAGUACUUCCAGAGCCCAUCAUCAUACAACCUGCAGCAGCCCUAGAAAGAGUGAACCUAAACACACGCACAAGGGCUGCUUAGACCAACCAGAGAGUCACAGAAGGCUUGAAAGCAAGCACCCAGGAACCUCUGAGAAUACAGUUUUUGGAAAGGCCACUGCCCAGGAAAAGAGAGGCAGAUCUGCCAGUCCCCAGAAACAUCCAAAGAAAGAGAGAAGCAAAGACAAACUAAACAUUGAACAAGGAUUGCCAGAAUUUCAAGGCAGAACACCUUCUAGUGACAAAAACACAACUGUGCUGCAAAAAGGUGAAAAAGUAAAAUUAGGAGUCAUGAAGGAAGACACAUCGCAGAACAUAUCUGGUAAGGAUGAGAAGUGCCCUUCGGAGACAGCACAUACCAAGUCAGAGAAGCAGUCUCUCCCACUUCCUAAGACUAACCAACUUAGGAAGAAAACAUUGGAAGAUGACAAAAUGAAAAACUCUAGCCAAUUCAAAAUGGUAGGUCUUCCUGAUCAGUUACUGUUUUCUGGGGAUAAAAACACUGAACUUGAAGCAGAAGAGCCUGUUGUCCUGAACAAAUUCAGAAAUAAUGACUUGGAGCCAGCUGAUAAAACCAAAGAGGAUGGAGUUUCCAAAUCUGAGAGCAGAUCUCCAGUGAAGAAAACAAUAUCUCCUGGACCUUGGAAGGUACCAAGUGCAAGUAGAGUCACAAAAGCAACAGAUGUGACUGACAAACGGGUUUGAUUGACAAACAUUUUUUUAGAAGAUAUUUUAAUCAGGUUUCUAAUGAGGUCAUUUAACCAGUUUUUCUUUUCACAAAACUCAUUUUUUCAGACACUGUGAUUGACAGAAUGGAAAGUACAUUUGAUUUGAUCGUAAGUUAAUUAGGUUGCAUGAAGGACCUUUUGGAUUGCAUAUAAAACUCUCUUCAAAAGCUGCUGCCCUUUUGUUUCUUUUGAAGGUGGUGUCCUGCUGUUCCUAAUGUUGCACUGCUAAGGCUUUCUGAUAGUAUUGUGAGUUAAUGAACAAAAUUAUUUAAUGCCUAUUAUCUGUGUAAUCAUGACUCACUAUGCGUUCUUGUGCCAAGUUAUCUACUGUAUCCUAUUGAAUCUUCUCCUGCGUUUUUCACUGCCACAGACAAGCAAAUAUCUUGUUUAAAGAGGAGUGUUUACUCAGGCAUGCUGCAUGUUUACAUAGGGGAUACCUAGUUCUCACUGCUUGAGCAAAAAGUUGGGUGGGCUGUUUCUCUUAACUUGAUGGAAUCAGGAAGCAAACACCACCACCCCCCAAAAAGCCCCCCCCUUUUCAAUACCAGCAAAAUAACUUUAAACAGGAAAGUGCCCCUUUGUGUAUAUGUAUUGUCAUUUUACUUUUUAAUAACUUUGAAUUGUUGAUGUCACUUGUAACACAUGGUACAAACUUCAAUCUGAAAGUUAAGUAGCUGCUUUGAAAUUAUUUCUAACUGAGCAUUCCACUAAUUUCAGUGAAGCUGGGUUUGGGGGUUGUCAUUAAAUUAUCCCCCCCCCCCCCCGCGCGCAACAAACACUUUUAAGAUUAGCAAUUAAAUAUGCAGAGAGUACAUAGCUUGCUGUCAUGCUGUUUGUCAGAAUCUUCCAUCUGUUGUUUGGUUAUUUUUUGCUUAGUGCUGGCUAAACACUUGAAAAUAUCCUGCCUUGUCUGGAAAUUCAAUAUCUUAAAUCAUAGCAAGCAGAGUAAACCAGAACCAAACCACCAAAGUCAACUUGUUAAGAAUCUUCGUUGCUUGUGCCUAUUAAUAGAAGCCUCUUAUAGUUUGCUUUCCAUGUUUGUACAUAAAUUAACUCCAACUUUUAAACAAUCCAUGGACUAUGUCUUUCUUGUUUCAGCCUGUUGAGUACAUGAUGAGGAGGAGGAAUAUUAACAGUGGAGUACUUGCACCUCAACCAUAUAAUUAAUGGAAGAGGGGGCAGAAAGAUGGCAAGCUCUAAGAAAUGAAAGCCUUUGAGUUUUAACCCACCCCAGCAAUGCAUUAGGUAGUCUUUGAAUGAAGCUGAAUGGCUGGAGUUCCUCAGUAUCUUCAGUCCAGGUUAGCAAAGCAAAAAGAUUUUUUAAAAAAUCACUUCAUUACCUUUAUGUUAGAUAAGAACUGUUUGAAACUUAUCGAGUCUCCUCAAGCAAAGACUAAGAAUUUGAUCCUUUUAACAGUAAGAAAUUAACUUUUUAAAUUUACACUAAACGUGUAGAUAGGUUAAGAUUUGUCACUUCGCAAUUUUAAUUGUGAUUGGUCUGCCUUCUUCUAGCUCCCUAGACUGGCAUUAUUUUUAAUCUCUUUUCAGAAUUUUUCCUUUUUCUGUUUUAGAAUGUUUUAUAACAUUCUAUUCUAAUUGUGUUAUUAAUCUUACUCUUUUCCUUUUAUUCAAGCUUCUUCUGUUCUGACCAUUUGGGCCUGUUCUGUCUUUUGCUGAGCACAGCUUAUGGCUUCUCAGAAACAUGUAGGUGGGAAAUCGUUGCCUAUGAUGCAAUUGUUCAUUUUUUAUGUCCUGCCACAAUUUCUGAUUAACUACUUCUACAAAUUCUAUAGUGCUCCAAGUCUGGGAAAAGCACAAACUAAUCAUGCAUAUACUGAGAACACCUCUUUGAUAUUGCCUGUAAGAAGUCUGUUCCUGAGUAAUGCUCUUCUUUCCUCUCCCCAUUGCCACUGUGUUUGUAUCUACUAUUUAUUUACAACACUUUAAAAUGGGGAGAAAGUGCAAGGCUGCUCUUCCUCCACUGUAGCCCCAACACUUCAAAAAUGCACUUUUCUUUGAAGAGUGUGUGCCCCUCCUGCCCCACAGAUACAUUACAGUUAGACAGUGUAGGCUGUGCUGAGCUAGACAGGCCAGUGAUCUGACUCUGUGGAAGGCAACUUCAUAUGCAAAGCCUAUCUAUCUGCUUGGAAUUUUACACUCUCUCUCUUGCAUGAGGCUGCCCAGACUUAUCAGGGGAAAAGCUAAUUUGGAACUUGUUACUAGAAACUAGCUUAGAGCAUGAGAUGUUGCUUCCAGAAGUGCUGUUUUAUUGCCGAGAUUCCCCCUAGCUCUUCUGGUUCAAAAUACUUGGAGUGCAUUGGGCAGAUGACUAGAACACUAGCAGUCCUGUGGAUUUGUGAAGAAUGGGCUGUGCGUGCAGGGAAAUUAAGCUCCUAUUACCCUUCCUGGGGCAUGAUUUCAGGACUGAACUCAGGAAUUCUUUGGUAAUAGAUGUACCUCUUAUCAUGGUAACUUGGAGCUGUUGUGGAUUUUGACAGUUGCUAUUCCACCUGUGCUGAUCUUGCUAGUAUAAUUUGACCAGAAAGCAUUAGCAAAACUGCUUGGCAGCAGUCCCAUCACUCAAUAUGGACUGGCCUUUUUCUCCCUACCUUCUCCAGACCCCAACUAUCAGGACAGGAAGCAUAUUUAAAUUGAAACACAGAAAGGAUUAGGGCAGCUACAACCAAGGCUUUAGCUAGGGCAUAGAAAAGGGAGUCCCAUUCAUUGCAUAAUACUGGGGAGAAUAAAGGCAGUCUUGCUCUUCCAUAAAACUAUUUGACAUUUGAUAGCCAGGACCAUAUACUCAUGUGAUGCUCAUUUAAGCCAUAUUGGAACACCUGUUUGACUUUUUAAAAAGUUGUGCAAAUUGCCUGUAAACUUGCAGGUCUCCUUAUAGAUGCACAUGGGCUUGUGCAUAUGUAUGCAACGUCUCCUACUGCAGUGUCGGAUGUUGCUUCUUAGAGCCCCUGAGUUUUAAGAGCUGCGUGUAAUUGGGAACUUCUUACUUGGAGUAGAUGUACUGAGCAUUUAUCUGGAGUAAAGCCAUGGAGGCAAGACAAAAUUGGUUCUUGGCAGGAGCUAGCAGGUGUUUUUAAAAAAAUGAAUAUUCCUAGUCAAAUGCUACCUUUUGAAAUGUAACAUUUGAUUUAUCUUUACUUCUCAUUUAUCUUCACUUCUCAUAUUAAAGACUCAAGUUGCUGUAGGACGUAUGUGCAAAUAUUGUCAAAUAUUAUUGUGAAAAUAUUUAAUAUUUGAGUUAGGCUAUGUAGAUUAAUUCCUUGAUAAACGUCAUUAAUCCUCCUUCCAGUAAGAUUAUCUACAUUCAAUCAUGGAAUGCUGUGUUGAAAGAAAACUGCAGAAAUAUCAGGAUGACUUAGAAAAUAAAUCAUUUUGUUUUACUCACUACUCAGCAAGUAACCAUUAUCCAGAUGCUACUCCACCACUGAAUGGUGUGACCUAAUUUGUUGUCCUCUGUUUGUUUGAUGUGAGCCCUCCAGAGACUUUCUGUAAACUGCAUAAAAUGACUUAGCAAUGUGGCCUUGGAAUGCUGAGAAACCUAUGGUUGUACUGGAUGUAAAUGUUUAUAUAUUGUACAGCACCUUUAUAUAUACUUCUGAGGUUCUGACUAGAAAGAGACCUGUAAAUCGCUCAUUAUUUUUUAUAUAGAAACAUUAAAGAGACUCUAGUUCAUGG